GUAACCAAAGUCUCACCUCCAUCUCUCUCUACUCUUACUAAAGUCCCCUCCACUUCCCCCCUCUCUCUCUCUCUUCCGUUGUUAUUAUUUUCUCUCUCUAGAAAUCAGUGUGGGUGAGAGAAAGAGAGAAAGAGAGAGAGAGAGAGUCACCAAUGGAGUCCACCAUGUCCCCAAGGUACCAAGACAACAACCACAAAGCACCAUUUACAACCGCCGCAAGCAGCAGCAGCUGCAGCAGCAAUGGGCUACUACUGUCACCUCAGGCUCAAAAGCCCAUCACGAGAUCCGAACCCGGAAACCCGUACCCGACAACAUUCGUUCAGGCAGACACGUCUUCCUUCAAGCAGGUGGUCCAAAUGCUGACGGGCUCAUCAGAGACAGCCAAGCAGGCUUCGAAGCCCGCAAGCCCACACCACCACAACCACAGCAUCCCGCCCAUAAAGCCCAACGCUAACAAGAAGCAACAGCAGCAGUCAGGCUUCAAGCUCUACGAGCGAAGGAACUCCCUAAAGAACCUCAACAUCAACCCUUUGAUGCCCGUUUUCUCACCAAUCGGGUCGGGUUUCUCGCCCCGAAAACCCGAGAUCCUUUCACCUAGCAUCCUCGAUUUUCCCGCUCUUGUUCUCAGCCCCGUGACCCCACUGAUACCCGACCCGUUCGACCGAUCCGGCCCCUCCCAACAACAAACCGGGUUCAGCAGCUCCCCCGGUUUGGAUUCCGAGGCUGAAGACAAAGCCAUAAAGGAGAAAGGGUUCUUCCUGCACCCUUCGCCUGCUUCCACUCCUCGGGAUUCUGAACCUCGCUUGCUCCCUCUCUUCCCAACAACUUCUCCUAGAGCUUCUCCUUCAGGGACCCUUGGUUUCUUUUGAGUCAGGGUCUUGAAUAUAAAGCUUUGAACAGCCGUAAAAAGCAAUCAUGCAAAGGGAGACCAAAACUGUAGUGAAUGGGGACAUGAGAAAAUGAAGGGAAGAGGGGGAAGUGGGACUUGUGAUGAUGAAAGGUAAAGAAAAGAUGGGGAGGGAAGAAAGCAAAGGAAGGAAUGGGUUUUGUUUUGUGUGUUGGAUGAUUGUUUGUUCCUUUGUUUGUUUGUGUGGUGUUACAUUAUUUUUGUGGACUUUGCAACUCAUGGUUGGUGAUGCAUUUAUUGGUAAUUUGAAACUUGACAUGUGCACUGCUAUGAAAAUCCCCUGUUGCCUUUGCUGACCCAUUUUCAUUUAUCAAUGUCACCUUCUAUUAUUUUCCUUCGCUUUCAUGUUUUCUGAAAAUUAUAAAACAUUUCACAUGUGGCAUCUUUUGAUUUUAUGUCCUAUCCAUUCAAGUCUUUGUGAUGAGGAAACUUCAACCAUGACAUCUUUGACCAUGUCUUCGCUACCUUCAACUUGGUAGAACCCACACCGCUUCCACAAACUUAGCCUUAUAUUUAUUUAUUUUACUCACAUA